CUGCUGCCGCGGCGACGCUCGCUGCUGCCCGCCGCCCGCCUCGCCAGUCAGCCGCGCGCCACCCGACACGACUGUUGUUCGAGCAGCGCGACCCGCCAACUCCGCUCGCACGCAGUGGAGUAUGUUACAACAGAUGUCCUCGCCGCAAAGCGCGCAACUCGGCGAGGUCGCGACGCUCGUGCGCUCCCUCGAAGGCCGCCUGUGCGGCGACGCAUCUUCGGAGACUUCCUCGGACGCUGCGGAGGAUUUUGAACUACCACAGUGCAAGAUAAAAAGAAACUAUAACUGCGCCAAGUGCACAUUUUACACACAGAAUCCCCGUGCUUAUCUCGUACACACCCGUGAUGUACAUUUUGAGAAAUUAAAGAUAUACGAUUGUCCAUAUUGUGUUUAUGCUUCGCGACAUCAUCAAAAACUUACACGACAUAUAAAAAUGGUACACGAAAGCUCGAACUUUAGUAAAGAAUCAGAAAAUUUACCGUCUACGUCGGAAAACUUGGAACAACCAGAAAGAAUAGAAGAACUUUUCGAAGAAGUCGAAGAAUGUGAUGAUUCGCAGAUGGAUAUCGAUGACGGCAACGAAGAGUCACUGGAGCGCACAUUUGAUGCAGAUACUGUAACUUCGGGCCUGUCAUCAGAAAGAAGUAAAUUCUUUUCUUGCACUAAAUGCAACUAUGUGACACAUAUUAGAGCUAGAUAUACAAAACAUGUUAAAUAUCAUUCAAUGCCAAUGAUUAAGUGUACUAUGUGUGAUUUUCGAACGCCUUACAAGUGGAAUUUGGAUCGUCAUAUGAAAAAUCACGGCGGCAACGGAAGCUUCCACUGUUCAAUGUGCAACUUCACGGCCGAUAUAAGACAAAGUUUGACGGUACAUGAAAUGAAUCACCAUACGCCGCCUGCUGGUCAAUCGAGUUCUAGCCGACGUCGCAACAGGGUGGGCGCCAGUGACAUGGCAUGUGUUGACAUGACGGACGGAAACGCUCUCAUCUUGAAAGAGGAGGAAGGGAGCGGAGACUCACGAUCCUCACACUCUGCAUCGGAAAUGGGUUUACAGUACAUGGAUAAAGAGAUCGUGAGUUGUAACAGCGAUUCAAACGAGGCCUCUUCGUCUGACGUUGUAAAAAAUGAUAAUUCGCAAAUAAUAAAAGAAACAGAAAAUGAAAUUACCUCAGAUGAAACAAAGAAUCAAAAGCAGUGUAAAAAAAUACCAAGACCUAUACCACAACUUAUUCCUCUAAACACUUCAACGCCGAAUCAAAACAAAACAUUGUCCGGAGAACCGCCAGCUAAAAAACUAAAGGAAAACAUCUCAACAGAUACUAAUGCCCUUCCAACAACUGAUAAUUUACUAGUAGAAAUUACUCCAGUAAACAAUGCCACCGUCAAAGACACUUCUGUUCGUAAAAAGAAUGAAUCAUUUUUUGACCGAUUGAAAGAAAGACUGUUAACCGAAACUGGAGAAGAAGGUUCAUUAAUAUGUAAAAAUUGCGGUUUUGAAAGUAAAUGUUUAUCAGAACACUCGGUUCAUGAAAAAAAUUGCACAUCACAAUCAAAUCGUUUGCUGUCAAACGGUUUACAUUCAAGCUUAGGAUCAACGCGAUGUCAAAAUUGUAGACAUCGUUGCAAGUCAAGCGCCGACUUAUACAUACACAUGCAAACAUGCGGAAAGAAAAAUAAUGCUUUUGAACGUGUUUCAGAAGGGCAUAAUCAAGAUAGUAGCGAAGCUGUAACUGUAGCUGAAGAAAAGGAUUCAGAGCCUCACCCAAUGGAAAAUGUUGUAUUUGUUUGGAAUAAUAUUAGCCACGAACCAAAUAAAUUCGAUACACCAUUAGAUAUAAGUAUCAAUGACGACUCUACCUUACCAGAACAAAAUAGAAGUUUUGAACUUGACAUUACUGAUGAUAACGAAACAAUGAACUUAUCACCUAGUCAAGCUGUCGGAAAAAAAGUUUUUAAAUGUCCUCACUGUUUAUUCUGGGCAUCAACUGCAUCAAGAUUUCAUGUCCAUAUAGUUGGGCAUUUAAAUAAAAAACCAUUCGAAUGCUCUUUGUGUAAGUAUAAAUCGAACUGGCGUUGGGAUAUAACGAAGCAUAUUAAACUUAAAUCCGCUCGAGAUCCUGAACAUGCAGAUGCAAAGGUACUUAUGACGGAUGAAACUGGUAGGCGCAACUACAGCAAAUACAAUAAAUUUUUAGCUAUGCCUAUUAUGAAUGAAAAUGGUGAAAAUGAAUUUCACUACAUUGACCAAAAUACAUCUAUAGACACAGCGUUAGACGAUGACACAUUUAAUGACAUUACAGAUGAAAUCAAUAUUCCGUUUGAGAUGCAACCCCUUAAUCUACAAACUUUAAAUAAUGACCAAAAAUAUGAAUUAGAUAAUAGAAGUCUUGACGCUAAAAAGCCUAAAAAAACUUUAUGGAAAUGCAAGAAAUGCAAUUACAAAGAUUCAUCAAAAGAAGCUCUCCUAGAACACGUCCGAGAGCACUCAAAACCAAAUGAAAGCUUAGAAGAAACAAAACCUCCUCCGAUCAAUAAAAAACCUGAGAAUAUGCCUGAUCCAGCGGACUUGGCGUACCGAUGUGGACACUGUAAUCAAUUAUCCAAUUGGAAGCACGUUAUACAGAGACAUUGUCGAUUAAAGCAUGAUGGGGUAAUCAAAGUUAUAACAACUGUGAAACCAAAACCCGAUAUGAAUGCAAUAUCAGGAAAUGACAUAAGUUCUGACACUUGUACCAAAUGUCCAUUCAAAGCAAGUGAUAAAAACACUCUCUUGACGCAUUUACAACAACACCAACCUUCAUCUCAGUCAAUAUUUAAGUGUUAUUUUUGUCCAUUCUUUGUCAAAGAUGAACAUGAAUUAAUUCAACAUCUUAUUUUACACGGUAUCAAUGACCCAGAAGAGUAUAUAUCAAAAGCUAUGGGCUGCAAAUCACCUUUACCAGAGCAAGGGACCAUUACUUUACCAACUACAUCUUCAACGAAAAGACAUAGAUGCACUGAAUGUCCAUAUGAAACAAAUAGUAAGUCACAAUUUAUGUAUCACGAGCAAUUUCACCGACUACCGGCUGACACUCCCUAUAAAUGUCAAGAAUGUAAUUAUAGUGUUUCAAAAAGACACCUACUUCAUCAACACAUGCGGGUUCAUGGCAUUAUUACCAAAAAGGGUGAAAUGGAAAACGAAUUAGAAUGUCUUUCUUCGAACUCAAAUCAACUAGAAAACCAAUCUGAAUUUUCAGUAAACUUAGAUGAGAUUCCAUUUGUAUGGGUUUCGGCAAAAAAUGAAUUUCACAAAAUGUAUAAAUGUCGUUAUUGUUCUUACGUAAAUUCUCAAAAAUGUAAGAUACCUAAUCAUGAAAAAAUACAUUGUAUUGUUUUUGAAAAUAGUGAUAUAACAAUCUAUAAAUGUCUGGAGUGUAAAUUCACAUGUGAUAAUAAAGUACGAUUAUCUGAGCAUUCGAAAACUCAUGGAGAAAUAUAUGGCCGUAUAUACUGUCCUGUUGAGCCAGACAUACCAGAUGAAGAGCAAAUAGCUAAGUUACGUAAAGUAAUAGACAGAGAAAAAAGUAAUAUUGAUGAUGAUUUUGUUAAGGAAGGUGAAAAUCACGGGGAGGGUAAGGAAACUAAAACAUUAUUCUUCUGUCAAAAAUGCCCGGCUAGGUUUUUCGCAGAUAGCGAAUUAAAAGUUCACGAUAAAUUUCAUGACCUUACAUUUUCAAAUAAAUGCAAGAGUUGUGAAUUUUCAGUGCCACAAGAAAAUGAAUUGAAUAGCCACGUUUUUGUACAUACUGACGAAUAUAAUACAAAAACAAAAAUGUUAAAAUUCGUUCAUAAAAUUCAUAGUAUGUACAAGGAACCCAAAUUACAGCUUGUUCAUUGUCCACUUACAUCAGAUGUAACAUGGGUUGUAACAAAUCCUGGAAGAAAUUAUGAAUUUCAUGAAAAUAGUACAAAAAAAUUCACAGAUACAAAACAUGUGCCAAAACAGUAUUUCUGUAAGGAAUGUCCAGCAAAGUUUUUUAAAACUUCUGCUUUAAGUUAUCAUAUGGGAUUACAUGGAGGUGAAGGCGAACAUAAGUGUAAAAAAUGUAGUUAUGCCGUCAAAAACAUUGGAAAUCUCGCUAAACACGAAAUAUUGCACGAAAACGAAAAUAAAAACACUACUUGCGAUUAUGAAUCUGGUGAUGAUUUAGACUUUAAAAAUAUACCAUUAUCAGGUACUGACUUAUUCCAGAGAAAGACGGAAGCCCAAAAAAGAGUCUUAACAGAUAAAGAUAAGCUUGUAAAACCAAAUGAUCAUUUUCCGCCAGUUCUUCAAGCUGAUCCUCAAUUUGGCUACCUAAUGCAUGGUAAUCCUGAAUUCAUUUAUCCUACUUAUCUUAAAAAUGGACGACAAAAGGAGAAGCGUUAUAAAUGCCACAAAUGUCCAUCAGCAUUCGAAAAACGCGAACAAUACAAAAUACAUUUAUCAUUGCACGGCUCGAAACAAAGAUACAAAUGUGAAAUAUGUGACUAUUCUGUAAAGUACUAUGCUAAUUAUGUUCAACAUAUGAGAAAACAUCAAAUGAAUGAUGAAGCACAAGCAGAACGAAAGAAGGGUGUGAAUGGUUAUGUAGAAUCUGAAGUUGAUAACAUUGAAAAUAAGAAAGACGAAAGUUGCGAUAAUAUAAAAUUAGCUAUUAAAACAAUGCCUCGAAGACCUCCUCGAAGUGACUUCCAACAAUUUUCAAUCCGUGAUCAACAAACACUCCGUUUGUUGCAACGCCGAAGGUCAAUGAACCAAACAGGAAAGGACGCUGCUGCCUUAGAAACUUCCCCUACAAAGGAUCGAAAAUUACACAUGUGUCUUUUAUGUCCAUACACUAACCAACGACAAGAUGCCCUCAGUAAUCAUUAUAGAAGACACGAUGAAAAUGACAUUCUUAAUGCUGGUAGUCAUAAAUGUUCAUUUUGUGAUUUAGUAGUGGUACAAUCUCAUUUCCUUCGUGAGCAUUUAAAAACUCAUUUUAAUUAUCAAAAGAACUUGACUCCCGAGUGUUUUGUUGCUAAUGAAAACGUAAGUUUCACUAUUACAAAACUGGAAGAAAAUGAAGAUACUGAAACUUCAUGUGAUCUCAAAUUAGAUAUUCUUAAUCAAAGUCAUAUGUGCAAUGAAAACAAAAUAUUUGUAAAAAUUAAAACUGGUGAACUAUUCGUGGAGUAGUUAAAUAUUUUAUAAGUAGGUAUAGAUUAGAUACAAAUUUAAACAAAAUUAUUAAGGAUUACCUAUAAAUAAAUUUCCAGACAAGGAGCCAAAAAGGGAAACUGUCGAUAUUCACCAAAGUAUAGCUUGCCAUAUUAGAUUAGAACACUUCACGGAUUUUUUCAGAUCACUAUGGAGUAUGUUAUAUUUACCUACUAUAUAUAUAUCAUCUGGCCAGUAACAGUUAAAUUGCAAAAAUCGUAAUAUUUGUUUCUAUUAUAUUUUGUACAUUGAGUAAAUCUAGAGAGUUCAGUUAGAGAUCAACAGAUAAAAAUCUAGUUUUAGAUUAAGUAAUUGUUAUUUUACAUUUAGAAUGAAGAUGAACUGAUCAAAUAAUAAUCGCACCUAAAUUACAGAAGUUUUAAGUGUUUGUCAUAAUAUUAAGAAUAUCUAAAAUUAAGUAUAAUUAACAAUUUGUGAUUUGAUAUAAAUAACUAAACCUCUUCACAUACAAUGUUGACUAGAGAAAUAUAUUUGGUUCAUAA